GGAGGGGUUGUGGAGCAGAUCUAAAUACCGGACUUCUGCCUUACUUUCGGUUGUCUUGUGAAGUUAACAAGUGAGUGGAAACAACUCUUUCCUGAAGUAUGUAGCCAGACUAGAAGCAGGCAGUUAGUUUGAGUGAGAACUUUACUUUGACAGACACAAUGGCUAUUGCUGUGUUCAAGUACUCCCCAGUGGACUUCCUCUUCACUUGUGUGGGUCUGAUAUUCCUGCUGCUCGACAUAGCUCUGGAUGUGUUUGCUGUUGUUUCCUUCUACCUGGAAAAGGCCUAUGUGCCCCUCGGUUUCCUGCUGCUGUUCCUGGUGGGCUCGUCCGUUCUCGUCCAGGCUUUCAGCUGGCUGUGGUACAGCUACGACGACUUUGGCAGACGGACGAAGGUUGAGAAGUGCCUGAGCAAGAAAGUGCUCAAACUUCUCCAUGUGCUGCAGCUGGGAAUCUACUUCAGGCAUGCAGGUGUCUUUGAGAUGUCUGUAUGCAGCUACUUCACAAAAAGCAGUGACCCAAAGGACAUGGCAGAGUACCUGAGCCACGACCUCAGCAUGCUGCGGCUCAUAGAGACCUUCGCGGAGAGCUCGCCUCAGCUCGUGCUCAUGCUCACUGUCAUUCUGCAGCGGGGAGAGCUCGAUCCUGUGACAGUGUUAAAGGCCUUGGGCUCAGCCUCAGCCGUCGCCUUCAGCGUGACCAUGUACCACCGCUCGUUGCGCUCCUUCCUGGCCGACAAGAAGCCGCAGCCGCUGAUGUCAUCGGUGGUCUACUUUCUCUGGAACUUGUUUCUCCUCUCGUCUCGCCUCACCGCCCUCGCCCUUUUCGCCUCCGUGCUGCCCUGCUUCAUUGUCACCCACUUCCUCUGCUCUUGGAUAAUUUUAUUGUUCUUCGUCUGGCGAUCCAAGACUGACUUCAUGGAGAGCCCUUGCGGAGAAUGGCUUUUCCGAGCCACCGUAGGCCUCAUUUGGUAUUUCAACUGGUUUAAUGUGGCCGAGGGGAAGACGAGGUACAGGACUCUGCUCUAUCAUGGCUACAUACUGCUCGAUAUGUUCCUCCUCUGCGGUUUGUGGUACUGGAUGAUGAGUACAGACCCGCCUUAUUAUAAAAUUCCGCACUUGUAUGCUAUAAUCAUUGCCGUCUGUGUCGUUGCAGUUUAUAUGCUCGGCCUCUUUUGUAAAAUGAUAUAUUAUCAGUGCUACCAUCCAAAUCUUGCCAAAGGCGAGUUGAAAGGGGACACAAUAGAUCAGGAACCAAUCAGUAAAGAAAUAGAAGGUUUAGAUGUGCCGGACUUUCCUAUGCUCACAGCCGGGCUCCAGGGUGUUUCAUAUGAUAACGCCAUGCCUCAUUUUCUAAACGAGACGGACUCGAUGACAGACGUUACAUGUCGCAGCGCCGCUCCAGCACCCGAGAGUAAACCCUACAAUAAGAGAAUGAGGAAGUUGGCCGAGAACUUCUACUCCUGACCUGCAUCACUUGACAUCCACCGGACAUGGAAGUUCAAAAGAGUCACACGCCGCUCCUGUUAAAGGAUCGGUUCGCAAUGUUAAAUUCAUAAUACUAAAUACUUAAAUGGCCAUAUGUACACUGAAAUAGUUUUUAUAGAUCAGUUCUCAAUGCUGUACCAGUAUAAGAUGUCUUUCUGUGCAAAAAUACAUUUAUUAAUUUAACGCAGUGAAGUUGCAGAUUACAACCAACUGAAUACAGCUCAGCCUUUCAAGUGUGUAUGAGAAACUACGGCCCUAUCGAGAGCCAGUGUUAACACAACAGCUCAGUGUAAGGUAACAAAAACACUACGAUUGUUAUACUCGGGUGAUUAUACGCUCAUAAAAACAGACCUGUAAGUAUUUUAUUCUAUUUUAGGAUAGAAAAUGUUACACAUUGAACCUUGAAGGUAAAAUUAUUGGUGGGGAUGGUGGAUGAGCUUUAUUUUUAAAAAAGCAAGGCACUCUCCAGCUUUAUUAAAAAUGUUAAAUGGACCCCAUGUUGAAAAAACUAAAACUGCAAAGCCUCUCCACAAAUAUCUCAAAACAAUAUUAAGUUUAUUAUUAAACAAGUAUAAUUUCAAAUUGUUUACAAAUCUUUGAGAUUUUCAUUAAAUUAAACUUUAUUUUUGUUACUAUCUUGCCAUAGUUAAAUGUAUUUAAAUUAAGUAAUUACCUGUGUAUAUAUAGUAGUACCACCUAUGAUAAUGUAUGACUGUGAUCCAGCAUUAUUGUUUAUAAUUCUGUCACUGAAAUCAGAAUCAGUUUGUCAUCAGACUGUAUCAGAGCUGUUUUAUCUGCUCUUUCACAGUAAAAGUAUUGAACUGGUUUGUACAUAUAGAGAAGUAUUGUAUUAGAUUAAUUUAUCCUUUAACAGCUGCACUGAAGUUCUUCCAGUACAGUGACAUUCCUUGUUUAUAUUGAUACCAAAUGUUUAUUUUAAUAUAAUGUAAUUUGUAUUUUUUUUUUUUUUACAGUAAUAAAUAAGCAGAA